GGCCGAGGCUGGUUGCUGGUUUCCCGGAUCAACUGCAGGGCCCGAUCCACCUUUCUUUCUCUUUUCUGAUUUCUCUCUUUGCAGACGCGAAAGUCCGGAAUCAAGGUUGUUCUCCAAAAAAAAAAAAAAAAAACCCCUCAUUUUCGUUCUCAACCUAACCUCGUCUCUUCAAUCCAACCCCUCUACUCACAGGUAACAAUGGCGGGGCGUAUUAGAUCAGCUCUUCCUCUCAUCAACAGGAUUGCCAGAUCCGAUUCUUUUCUCGCUCCUCACAGGGCCGCCGUUCACCGCACCCUACAGUCCCCGGUCUUCGCUUCUUCAUCCGAGUCAUCCAGGUAUUAUGCCACCGCAGCUGCACCUCCUAAGGAACAGAAAAUUAAGCUGCCAGUAGCUUUGUAUGGGGGAGCUGGAAACUAUGCCUCUGCUUUGUACAUUGCAUCCAAAAAGGCUAAUGUGCUGGAUAAAGUCGAGGCUGAACUACUUGAUCUUGUUCAGGCUUUGGAGAAAAGUCCUACAUUUUCUCAGUUUACGAAGGACUUGUCAGUGCCUGCUGAUACGAGAGUCAAGGCCAUUACUGACAUAGCUGAACAAGCCAAAUUUUCACAAGUUACCAAGACCUUCCUGAUUGUUCUUGCUGAGAAUGGAAGGCUGCGAUCCAUUGAUACCAUAGCUAAGAAGUUUGCAGAGCUGACAAUGGCUGAUAAGGGAAUUGUCAAAGCUACUGUGACAACAGUUAUGCCCCUCCCCCCAUCGGAAGAGAAAGAGCUGAAGGAGACACUACAGCAGAUUAUUGGACAAGGGAAGCAGGUUACACUUGAGCAGAAGAUUGAUGCUAGCAUCCUUGGUGGCCUUGUGGUUGAGUUCUCACAGAAGGUGUUUGACAUGUCCAUUAAGACAAGGGCAAAGCAGAUGGAGAGAGCUCUCAUGGAACCAGUUCAGUUCUAA